CAUUGCUGGAACGUGUGUGCUUCUGACGAGUAAGCAACGAAACAACAGAGCAAUGUGGGAACUGAGCUACACCUUCUCCACCCUCUGCCUCCUGAUCUGCCCCGUGCAAUUCGCGGUUGCCGUGGUGGCCACCGUGACGGGGCCAUACUGCUACUACUCCUUCUCCGGCGCGGUGGGAACGGGCUACCUGGGCUAUGUGGUGAUGUUCCCGUACCCCUACCUGAGGUUCCGGGACCUGUGCCUGGACCCGGUGCGCAUGGAGUGGUACCACCUGGGCCUGCAGAUCGCCGACCUGCUCUGCGGUGCCGUCAUCUUCGUCCUGUCGCUCGCCAUCGUCAUCGCCCUGACGCGUAGGCUGCUCCGCCAGGGGCACCUCAAUGAGGAGCUGUGUGUCCCCUGA